AUGAACAGCAUUAAUAACACUAAGGACGUUCCAGAGAAAAAGGAGUUCGCUUUGCACAGGAGCUCUUCUGAAGGGUCGGUAGUUUCUGAGACCACAGCGACUAGUAGUGAUGUUGUUGACGCUGAGAAGGUCAGUAAGUGGGACUUGAAGACACAGACGCCGCACGGAGGGCAGGAGUGGUCGGAGAUUGGCAAUCUUGUUGAGGACUUUUCGGUCACCACGAAUGGUCUUGGUCCGGUGCCUGGAGCAUUGGAAGCUGCUAAGGAGGCGUUGCUGACCAUCGAGCAUUAUCCUCCGAGUGACUUCGAGCCAGCAAUCACUGACUUGGCCGAGUUCCUCUCUCCUCACGACUCAGCUGACAUGCGCUCCCGUCUGCUGCUGGGAAACGGCGCUAGUGAGAUGAUCGAUAUGAUAUCGAGGUUGGCUCCGAAGGGUCCAUGGAGACCGG